UUCUACAGUUCAGUACAAGGAAAAUAAUCUAAAACAGUAAAGAGUGCAGUUAAUAUGAAUAAGUGGAGUUUUCUACUCUUACCGGUUCUUUGGCUAGUCCAGUCGGCUACAUCUGAGCGCAUUUUUGUAGAUGGCAGGCACGGGCGUUUCGAUUAUCCAUCGCGAUCCUUACUAUCUAAUAAAAGACUCGCCAUUUCUGAACCUCGUUGCUCUGAUAAAAUAAAUGAACUAAGAUCACCUACCCGGGAUUUACGACCAUCCAACAAACAUGAUACGUUAAAACGUUCUCCGCGCUCAAAUCAUCGUUUGGAGCAAAGUGAACUUUUUUCUGGUAACAGUAAAAGAGUCUCAACAAAUGUUCCAUUCCGUUUUGGUGAUUCAACACGAUACAAUACCGAUGACAACACUUUUCUAAGAGGUAUUGAGGAUUCAAAACUUCGAACAAAUGUAAGGUCUGGUCCACAUAAGAUUUACAGAGAGAAUCGUGCUGAUCGAAUACUCGAUAGCUACAAUGAACCCAAUCCCAUCAAAAUGCAACGUAAUCGAGAAAGAAAUAUUAAAAUGGAACAAGACAAAAUUGUGAUUUUAAAAAGUCGAAACAUUCGAGAUCUCAGUCGUUCAGACUUUCAGGAUGUUAGUUUUGAAAGGAAUAACGUAAGAGAAAGUCGUACAGCUGAACGCCGAAAUAAUAAUAUGGAACGUAGAUUGAAUAUCAAUAACCAACGAUACGAAUUGUCUGAUGAAAUGGAAAUUAGGGGCAGAUAUAUGGUUGCCAGAUUAGAGCGUGGAAGAUAUAUAAACAAACGUUCUCCUGUUUUAAGAUUUAACGAAAGAGACGAAAGUGAAAGAAACGAUGAAAGUAGACUAAAAGUCGAAUCAUAUUCUGACCAACGCUUACAAAGACAUAGGGUUCGUGUCGAUAGUUUACCAGAAAACAGACAAAUCAGAAGACAAGAAGUAAGAUUCGAUUUGAAGAAUGGAGAUAACCCUAGAUAUAUUUCUAUUCAAAACAUAGAACGAUUUUUCGAACCAGGUACAACUACACAAAUUAGAGGCAACAGUUUAUACAGACUACAUGAAGAAAAAUCUGUGGACCAUCUUACUCGAAAUAUGAGAGAUAACCUUAGAAUUGCAGAAAAUGGUCAUUUUGAGACAUCCAAUCGUCGAAACAAGGAUAUUAGAAGAACAAUAACUGAACGCCGUGAAAGAGAUGACAGGUAUCGUUUAGCUAAUGAAAAUCGAAGAUCUUCAGAUGUAAGAGAGAUCAGAUUAGUUAAGGAACGUCAUCUCGAAAAUAUGUUGGAUGAGAACCGUGAUACCAAGAUUAUUUUAUUGAAUAAUAAAGAGCAAACCUUUAAAGACCGAUUAUUUGAAGAAGUACGGGAAAGAAGCCACGAUAAUAUAAGAUUAAACCGUAAACAUAUUAGAAGUAUUCAGACAGAUAACAGAAAUGGAGAAAGACUGGCAAGAGAUACAAACAGACGUUUGAUGACACAAAGGACUCGUACCAAUAGAAUUGUACUUAAUCAGCGGUCCACCAGUAAUUAUAAGAAUAUACAUAAUGAAGACAGAGAUAUUCUAAGGCAUAUUAAGGUCGAACUAAGUGACGAAAAUAGAAUUAGACAACUCAGAAACAUCAGGGAAAAUAGAGAAGAAAAUAACAGAGAUGGAAUUGUAUGGCAAUUCGAAAGAACUCAAUCAAAUAUCCGUAACAGAAAUCAAGCGGUAAGAUCUGCUAGAAUGAUACCAAAAAGAAGCGUAGAAAGAAUUGAACUAACACUAGUGGCACUCCCUGAAAAGGAAAUCAAUAAUAAUCAGAAAAUAAUUAAAGAACGUCUUGGUAAAGAAAACAGAUUUAGCAGACUGCGUAUUUCCAAACGUAUUAGAGAAAAUGAUGAAGUGGGUGCCACGACCAUGAAGACCAGCUAUAAUAAUCACGCCAUUGAAGACACAGAAAGAAAUAAUAAUAGGAAUACACGUAGUAGAAACGAGGGAGAAAGAUUAGCCUCUAGAGACCAACGUUCGUUUAAUUUGAGAAAAUACAACGUCGAAAAUGAAAACAGGAUGCGCAAUCGUCACAUGCGAUUAGGUAUGAACGUUUUACAGAGGUCACGAAGCGACGAGCGUAUUUUGAGCCAACUCUACUCAAGAAGAAACUUUAGGAACUCAGAAGAACGAACAAGAACUAUUGAUGAAAUUCCUUUUGCAAAAACAGAUAACACUAAUGAUAACUUCCGUUUAAAUAAACGAGCGUCAGUAGAAAUUAGGGCCGUCGAAAUGCCUAAUAUUCGUGUAUUUAAGAGAAUUGAAAAGCGUGAUAAUGGACGUAGAAUGUUGCGAGACAUCAAUAGUGUUAUAGAAACGCGAGAAGAUAGAUUGAAAAUCGAAUUAAGGGACCGACGAAGUAGGAUAACUGAACAAAAUAAAAUUUUGAUAAGAUAUGAAGAAGGAACAUUUGAUUUUAGCGCCAAUAGACUUUUUGAACCACAGAGGGGCGUAAUAAAUGAAUAUAGGAUGCGACUCACUAGAAAUGAAAAUAAUAACAAUAGGAGAAUGAGAGAAAUACGUGAAGUAAGAGGCAUUAAAGAUAAAUCGGAUAUUAGAGAUUCCCGUCAAGAAGAAACAAUGAGACCUACGAUUACUGUAGAUCUAUCCAACAAAAGCAACAGGAAUGUACAAACUCGUCAAGUCACUCGUGACAUUAACGAAAUUGCAGAGAAAAGAUUUAUGAGCAAUGUGCGAAUAAAUGAAAGAAAAUCUAAAAAUAUGCUACGUGAUUUACAAGGACCUGCAUCAGAUAGACGAAGGGAAACUAACAGGGAUUCUAAGACUUAUACUUCUAAUAGGGACUCGCUGACACCAGUACAAGACGAAGGGUUGGAAAGAUCAAGAGAAAUGCGUUUCAUUUCUAAUUCUCGGUCUGAAAGACAUCACCGAAGUCUCUCACGGUCUCAAACAAAUGGACAGGAGCUUGUAAUGGGAGCAGCUAUUAAAAGAUCAGGAUAUGAAAUAUUUAAAGAAAAGAAUCAGGCUGACAGUCAAAUCUUUGUAAUGAAAUGGCAAUAUGUAUUUUAUCUGAUACAAGGAGUCUACAUUUUAAGUCUAUUUACAAAGCAAAAGAACUAUUCUCAUGGAUUGAAGUCCAGAUUCGUAAACUGUUUUCUGCCACUCCCAACUUUAAAACUUGACUAAAAAUAACCGCGGCACCCUUCUCAUGUAUAACCGAAAUUAUUGUUAAAAAAAUGUAACCAUUAUGUUAAGAAUAUAUGAAAUGUUUAUGUAAUAUUUAGUGAAAUUAAACAAAUAUUAUUACUA